GCCAUCGAGUUCAUAGAAAUCAGUUGCCACAUUUUCGAGCUUUUCUCGAUCAACACUUGUUCUGCAACACCAUUGAAUUGAUAAAUCUCUCAAAAGGAAACCCUAAUUGGAAUUUACAGUGAGCGAAGCCGAGACACCUAACUGUAGUCCAUAGAGGGUAGAGAAGAGAGAAAAGAGAGAAGCUUUAGAGAGAGUAAGAGAGAUUAGAGCGAAAUGGGAGAGGGAAGAGAAGGAGACUGGGAGUGUGGGGGUUGCCAGAACAGAAACUAUGCAUUCAGGUCCUUUUGUAACAGGUGCAAGCAACCGAGGCUUCUUGUCGACACCAAAACCCCAGCUGACUCCAAAUGGCUUCCUCGAAUUGGCGACUGGAUCUGCUCUGGUUGCAGUAACAACAAUUAUGCUUCAAGAGAGGUGUGCAAAAAGUGCGGGCAACCAAAGGAGGUAGCAGCAAUGCCAGCAAUUGCAAUGCCUGGAGCUCUCCCAACUCAUCCACAUUAUUUUGCCAGGGCACCAGGAGGACUAGGGUUAAAGAUGAACUUGGGCAUAUCAGGCCACUCUGAUCUUCAUCAGUCACUUCCAUCAGGCUCUAAUUGGUCCUAUGGAGGGGGUGAAAAGUAUUUCCAAACUGCAUCAGCUUGGCCCUAUGGUAGCAACACCAAUGGUGGAUUUCCAUCUACAAAUAAUCCA